AUGGCAUCAGCCAGGUCCAACCAAGCCCAAGUGUUGUCCCUGACGGGAGGUGGUGUGGCUGCCGGGGGUUGGGACCCCGAGGUUUUGCUGGCCCUGGCCUAUGUCCAGAAGCUUGGAGCCUUUGGCACGCUAGGUGAAGACUCCAUCAGCGCCUUGGGCCUGAUCCUGGGCGUGGGGCUGUCGCUGCUGCUCGUGUCUAUCCUUGGCUACAGCCUGGCCAAGUGGUACCAGCGUGGGUACUGCUGGGAGGGUCCUAAUUUUGUCUUACACUUGUACCAAAUCCGGAACCUGAAGGACUUGGAGGUGGGCCCACCCUUCACGAUCAGUGACCACAUCAGCAGUCCAGAUGGUGGCUACAUGAAGUUCUCCAACGGGCUAGUCUGA